CCAAACCAACAAACAUUUGAGUAAUAAUUCACCAAUCAGUGGAGAAGAAGAUAUCCAGUUAGGGGGUCGCUAGAGUUACCCCACUGCCACACAGACACACUGUAAACACUUCUGGGGGACGUUGUGGCAGCUGCUGCUGUUAACCGCCAGCUGUCACACACAAUGCCAGCGAGCCGGAUCUGACACAAUCCUCUCCGGCCCAUGAAGGUUGCGAAACUAUGCUGCGUGGUAUCAUCCUCCUGCUGCUGUUGGGGUUCUCGUACUCAUUGUCUGAUAUAGCCAUACCUGUGGGCUCCAACUUCACCCUGACCUGCCCUGGAGACCCUGAUGAGGACUUCCUCUUUCCCAGCUACACCUGGACCUUCACGUCUCAGGGAGGGAAAGAUGUACAGCUGAACUCGACUGAGCCAGAGCUGCAGUUCACGCCAGUCAAGCUCCAACAUACUGGACUGUACACAUGUGUGAUCAAGGGCCAGUCAUCAUACGGCCUGGUGAAGAUAAAGAGGAGGUUCAAUUUGCUAGUUCAAAAGAUUCCCACCUUCUUCAAAUGGUGGGUCGUCAUUGUACCAGAGGGCGCCACUGCGCUGCUCCCCUGCCAUCCUGUCUUCCAACCAAGCACCAACACGAGCAGCGCCACUGCCAGAUGGUCCAAAGGGGAGAAACAGUUUAAAGAGCUGAAAAUUAUGGAAAAAAGCCAGAGCACUGAUGAAGAGAAGGGGAACAAAACUGUAGCCAGCCGGAUCUCCUGGGCUUCUGGAGAUGGGUGGUCCAUCGAGAUUACUGACAUCAAACAAGAGGAUACAGAUGUGUACCGCUGUGGAGUCAGCGUGGGGUCGGAGAUGAAGAUGGUGUUCGUGGAACUGGUCGUGGAGCCUCCCCCGCCCCCUCGCUGUUUGAACCACACGCAGCCGUGGGAGGCGUGUCCUGACCCGGAGAACAGGUCAUGGAAGGCCACAGUGAGCGAAUCAGUCACUGAGUUUUCUGUCCACCUCUACAAGAAGCUGAAGGGCUCACGUUAUGGCCAAAACCUGCUCGUCUCACCCAUCAGCAUCGCCGGACUGCUCUCUCACCUGCUGCUUGGCGCUCGGGGAGAGAUGAGGACACAGCUGGAAAAAGCUCUCUAUCUGCCCACUGAUUUCUCCUGCCUGCACUUGGUGAUGAAGCAGAUGAGAGAGGAGACCAAGGAAUCGAUGAUGAUGGCCAAUCAGAUGUUCUUCAACCCCAAACAUGUGCUUGGAGAAGCUUUCGUCAACCAGUCGCUGGAGUUCUACGAAACAGUGCCUGAAAAGCUGACUGAUAGCGGCGAGGCGAACGUGAAGAUGAUCAAUGAGUGGGUGGAGAGGAAAACACAGAGUAAGAUAAAGAAGCUGGUGGAUUUCAUGGACUCGUCAUCUGAGUUCGUCCUGCUAAACGCCGUCUACUUCAUCGGUAAGUGGAAGGGCUCGUUUGACGAGAAAAGUACAUCCGGAGAGUUUAUGACUCUGUCGGGAAAGCUGGUGUCUGUUCCCAUCCUCUACAGCUCCAAAUUCACUCUGGCCACCACAUACAUCAGCAAAUUAAAGUCUCAGGUGGCGAAAUUCCCCCUCACAGGGAAAAGCAGCCUAUACGUGAUGGUCCCGAAUGCUGCGACACAGAGCGCUCUCGCUUUUCUGGAGGAGAACCUGAAUCUGAAAAAUGUCGAAGCCAUGGUGAAAGAGGUGGACGCGGUCCUACCUGUGUCCGCUGAGGUCACCCUGCCCAAGACUAAACUGACCACGAAUGUAGACCUGGCCACUUUACUGCGGAAAAUGGGUGUGACGGGUCUGUUUGAGUCUCCUAAUCUGUGUGCGAUGUUUCCGGGCGAGAAUGUAGUGGAGCUGACCGACGGCCGCCACCAGGCGUAUAUCUCUCUGACCGAGCAGGGCGUGGAGGCGGCAGCGGCCAGCAGCGUCUCCUUCUCUCGCUCCUUCAACUCCUUCAGCGCCAUGCAGCCCUUCGUCUUCAUCAUCUGGAGCGAACAGACCGCGUGCCCACUGUUCAUGGGCCGAGUCGUCUACCCAGAGUAAGAGGAGAGCAGAGAGAGAGAGAGACAGAAAGAAAGACAGAGGCAGAGAGAGGCAGAGGGAGAGAGGUAUGGCAGUAAGGAGACAGAAGAGAGCAGACAUGUAGCUCCCAUGUUAACCAACAGCUAAUAAAUCAUAACUGUAUAAACAUACUAACAACUGCAACACUGCAAUAAACCAUCUAUAAAAGUGUGAA